GCACAGUGUUCAUCUGCAGCUUCAUGGUGGCUGCCCCCAUCUUCGGCUACCUGGGUGACCGCUUCAACAGGAAAGUGAUCCUCAGCUGCGGCAUCUUCUUCUGGUCUGCAGUCACCUUCUCCAGCUCCUUCAUCCCCCAGCAGCACUUCUGGCUGUUGGUCCUGUCCCGGGGCCUGGUGGGCAUUGGUGAGGCCAGCUACUCCACCAUCGCGCCCACCAUCAUAGGCGACCUCUUCACCAAGAACACGCGCACGCUCAUGCUCUCGGUCUUCUACUUCGCCAUCCCGCUGGGCAGUGGCCUGGGCUACAUCACGGGCUCCAGCGUCAAGCAGGCGGCCGGAGACUGGCACUGGGCCCUGCGGGUGUCCCCCAUCGUGGGCAUGAUCACAGGCACGCUCAUCCUCAUCCUGGUCCCGGCCACCAAGAGAGGCCACGCCGACCAGCUCGGGGGGCAGCUCAAGGUGCACACGUCAUGGCUCCGCGACAUGAAGGCCCUGAUCCGCAACCGCAGCUACGUCUUCUCCUCCCUGGCCACGUCGGCCGUGUCCUUCGCCACAGGGGCCCUGGGCAUGUGGAUCCCGUUGUACCUGCACCGCGCUCAGGUCGUGCAGAAGGCGGCGGAGACGUGCAGCAACCCGCCGUGUGGGGCCAAGGACAGCCUCAUCUUCGGGGCCAUCACCUGCUUCACUGGCUUUCUGGGUGUGGCCACGGGGGCAGGAGCCACACGCUGCUGCCGCCUGCGGACCCAGCGGGCCGACCCGCUGGUGUGUGCUGUGGGCAUGCUGGGCUCUGCCAUCUUCAUCUGCCUCAUUUUCGUGGCUGCCAAGAGCAGCAUCGUGGGUGCCUAUAUCUGCAUCUUUGUUGGGGAGACACUGCUCUUUUCUAACUGGGCCAUCACCGCGGACAUCCUCAUGUACGUGGUCAUCCCCACGAGACGAGCCACGGCCGUCGCCCUGCAGAGCUUCACCUCCCACCUGCUGGGGGACGCCGGGAGCCCCUACCUCAUCGGCUUUAUCUCGGACCUGAUCCGCCAGAGCACCAAGGACUCUCCGCUCUGGGAGUUCCUGAGCCUGGGCUACGCGCUCAUGCUCUGCCCCUUCGUGGUGGUCCUGGGCGGCAUGUUCUUCUUGGCCACGGCCCUCUUCUUCCUCGGCGACCGCGCCAAGGCUGAGCAGCAGGCUCUCCCACCUUCCCCUGGGGCUGACGAGGUCCCUGCCGGGCACGUCCGGCCAGCCGGCCCCCGAGAUGCGAUGUGCCAGAGCAGUGCCCGGGCCCGGCCGCCGCUGAUCCGCCACCUUGACCCCCGCCCGUCUCUCCCCCAGGGUGAACCAGCUGGUGAUGCCGCCCGCAUCCAUCAAAGUCUGAGGCCGUGCCUCUGGGACAGCGAAGAGCCCUCACGGUCACCCUACUUGGGAGGCGUGCCAUGGCACCCCGGCCCCGCUGGGCCGCCUCGAAGCUUUCUGUGGGACCCGAGGCUGGCCACCCACCCUCUCUGGUCUGUGGCUGUGGAGUGGCCGUGGCUCCAAGAGACCGUGUCCCCAACGACCACGGAAGGCUGUGUGUGGGGGAGCCGUGUGGCUGGACAGACUCCCAGCCCCAGGGCCGGGCUGCAGACCCCCUGGGGCCCGGGACGAAGACAGCCCCCACCAGGCGUGUGGGGAGAGCCUGGCCUGUCCCCGCCUUACGGGGUCCCGGGCAGGCCUCUGCCCUCCCCAGCCUGCGGGGCCAGGCGGCUGGACCUCCCCGCGUGGCAGCUUUGAAGACACAGGGCUCCCGGACUGCGGAGAGAAGGCGGUCCAGCCUCAGGGCGGCACCUCAGGCUCGGGGACGGACUCAACUGGGCAGAGCGUGGCCGGUCCCCCUCAGAGGACACGGGUCUUGGCUGCCCGGCUGGCUCUAUGCCCACAGGGUUCCCCCCCCCCCCGUUGGGCCAUCCGCCAGGGGGCUGGCAUCUCCACCCCACCUAUGUCUCCAGGCCUGAGCCCCGUGGCCGCCCGCCUCCCCUCCCCCACCCCUGGCACAGACUCCUGCCCCCCCCCAGACUGGGCCCUUCCAGGGGCAGGACCCAGGGGACUAUUCCCAGAACCCGCACGGCAGCUGCCAGGGCUCUGGCUGCCGAGGAUGUGGCCACCCCACGAGGCUUCCUGCCCCGGGCCAGGGCCGGGGGGUCGAGGCCCGCCCCGCACGUGGGCCGCCCACCGUCUGCGCUGCUCCUCUGCCCGCUCCCCGCGCUCCCUGCACGGCGGCUGGAACCCAGGUGGCCGCAGGAGCCCCCGCGAGCCGCCCGGCCCGUGCCGAGCAGCUGGUGCGGCUUCAGCGUGUGCGGGCUCUGGGGCACCUACCGGGUGGGACCCCCAGCGACGUUUUCUUGUUGUACAAGAACCAGUCCAAGUGUUGCCUGUUCUUCCUUCCGGAAGCCAAGCCGCUCCUUUAUUUUUUAGAGCUGCUGAUUGUGAAUCUCAGAGUCUUAAGAGAGAAGCCAAAUACAUUCCUCUUGUAAAUGAAGGAAUAAACCUAUUUAAACCA